GCUUAGUUAGCUAUCUUUACUAACUAGCCAGUUACAGGCUAACAGGGACAUGGCUUAGCGUGGUUCGAGCAAUUACAUCGAUAAUCAUAUAGCUAUAUUUUUAUUACAUACAUCUCAUUUACUUAAAAAAAAAAAAAAUCUUUGUAAACGUACUUGAUUAACGCAAACUCGUGCGUUGGAUUUAUCAGGCUAAUUCGAGCAUUUCUUGACAACACGGCUCAUCUCAACCGGUGAAGCCAAGCAGAACAGGAGCAACAUGGUAGUUCCGGACAGCGCCGGUGAGGUCCAACCGGCAGGCAAUGACUGUACCGGGGGUCUCAUGAAGACGUCCCAGCCGAGCUACGAGGAGGAGCAGGAGCUAGCAGGGGUGGAGCUGGAAGAGGUACGUAAGCUCCAGGAGCUCAUUCGAAGACUCGAGGUCCAGAAUCAAACACUCCGCAACAGGGGAGGCAGUAAAAAUCUACAUCUCAGAGGAGCGACCACCACAAACAGUAACCUCACAACCAGUACCAACAUCAAUGAGAGAAUCUCUUCCAGCGAAGAGGUGACCAACACCAACUCCCCUCUCAGGUUGGGGAGCAGUGGAAGUUGUGGAGCAGAACUAGGCAGCAGCAGCAGUGACGUGGAGCUGUCCCCUCCUCAGGACAGUAGUAGCAGUGAGGAUAUGUCCCCGCUCCCGGCAGCUAACCAGAUAGAGGAUGCGGAUGGUGGACUGUGCGCAGGCUUUCUGACCCUGCCCUGCGGGAACGGACCAGGACCGGCGCAGACCCAGGGGCUAAGCCCAACCCCAGAGAGUCCCUCUCUGGACAGCUAUGAGUCUGAGACUCUGGCGGAGAGCGACUCGGGGGUGGACCAGUUGGCCCUGGAUGAGGUUGAUGUUCUGGACCUAUGGGAGGACCUUGCAGAGGUGGAUGACGAGGACAGCUGGUUGUAUGUCUCCCCUAAGAAGCAGGUAGUUGCUGAGCCCAGGCCUGAGUCUCCUCUGAAGUGGUGUCGGAAGGUUCUGGACCACCCUAGCCCAGAGACGGAGGUGGCCUGUCGCACCCUGCUCAACCGUCUCGACCAGACAUCUCGCUGGAGGAACAUCUACAGCAGCGCUGGUCAGACGGGGGAGGCUGGCUCCUCUGGCUCUGGCCUCCUCUCUCCUGGGUACCACAACAAAUCCACUAACAAAAUCCUACUAACCAGUGGUGGCUCAGGCUACAUGAGUAUGUACUCUGCUCUGAGUUCUCAGUCGUCUAUAGACAGUGAGCUGAGUACCUCAGACGACUCCAUCACCAUGGGUUACAAGCUACAGGACCUCACUGACGUCCAGAUCAUGGCCCGCCUACAGGAAGAGAGUCUGAGACAGGACUAUGCCUCCAGCUCUGCCUCAGUGUCUCGUCGUAGUUCCUCUGCCUCCCUYCAGUCUCUACGUCGGGGUGGGACCUACAGCGACCAGGAGUUUGACACCUACAGCCUGGAGGAUGAGGAGGAUGAGUGCUGCUCUCUGCCCCAGCGACGCCUCCGCUACUCCCCCUCUCCCCUGGGCUCGCCCCGCUGCCUCUCCCCCUCCCCAGGCACCCAGGGCCAGGCAGAGUACAGCAGGCUAGGGGCCCCCCGGCAACGCGCUCCACGUCGAUCGCUACAGGGGCCCGGGCCCGAACUGCUAAAGUUCGCCAAGACCGAGGAAGAGGUGAGGCACAGCAUGCCUAACCUGGCCCCCCGCACCAGCCUGCGUUCCCUGGAGGCGGUCAGGAACAGCCGCAGCAUGGAGGCUAACCUCCAGAGCUCUGGCAACCGCAUAUCUCACCUGCCCCACUCCCCCUCCUCAGGUAACCCUCACCUGGUCUGUACACCUGCCCCCUCCUCAGGUAACCCUCACCUGGUCUGUACACCUGCCCCCUCCUCAGGUAACCCUCACCUGGUCUGUACACCUGCCCCCUCCUCAGGUAACCCUCACCUGGUCUGUACACCUGCCCCCUCCUCAGGUAACCCUCACCUGGUCUGUACACCUGCCCCCUCCUCSGGUAACCCUCACCUGGCCUGUGCACCUGCCCCACUCUCUCAAAUAGAACUUGAUACUGUGUACCCUAUCCUGAGGCUCAGAGGGAGCCUCUCACAUGUACCCUACUCCCCUCAGGUAACCCUUACCGGUACCUCGCCUGUCUCACAACUACCCCCCCUAAAAUCACUAAUAUUCCUCUGGGUACAGGCAUCUAGUCUACAACUCCUCCCUCUCCCUCAUUACUGUCCCUCCCUCCCUGGUUAUACACCUCCGUUCCACUAUCUCAUCAUGCCCAUCACCCCCUCCCCAGGUAUGUCAUCUAGUCGGAUGCGAGGCAGUGGCCAGUCCCCUCUGUCCAUGCGGGUCCCUGUCAAAGCCAUGGGCUCCAUGCCAGGGGCCCGCCAGCCCUCCAGGGGCCUGCCUGUAGUCCAGAGUGGACCCAAUGGAGGGGUACGGAGGGUCCAGUCCCCAGGGCCUGCCAAUGGGGGAGCCUACCCAGCUGGGAGAGCCUCUACUGGGGGUGGGAGGCAAGCAGCAGCCCCAUCCUCCAGGGGAAGACUGGCCCAGACACCUAGAAGGUCUAUGGGGAUGACUAGAAUGAAUGGCCCAAUCUCAAAUGAGUCGUGGAGAGACGGCUGCUACUGAGGCAACAAGGAAACUUCCUCCACCGCUCUCCUUUACCUCACAUUUUAGUAUAAACAACACCAACAUUGUGUACUGACUCUGAACAUACCCCUGUGGGCAACACCAACUUACUUGCCUCUGAACAUACCUCUGUAGGCUGGACCACUGUAGAUGAACAGACCUUCCUUGGCAUGAAGAACCCUCUCACACCAUGGAUAUAUUGGAGAGAGACCGGAUAGAGAGUGACUGAGCGCACAAACACACACCGUUCUUUCGCUCUAGGGACCUAGACAAAGCUUCCACAAAAUGUUGUUUUUAACAAGUCAAUUCCCGUCUAUAUUUUAUGAUAGUUGUUGAGAGAAGACUACGGGUUGUUUUUGAUUUGUUUACGUUCUGUAGAUGUACAAAUGAUUGAAGACCGUGGGUGGACUGUUCUAUUGUGUGAAGUUGAACUCCUAACUGAUAUGAAGGCGAUCUCAUCUUGGGUGUUGCAUGAUGUUUCUGUUUAGUUUUCUCUCCUCUGAGGACAAAGAAGUUAGUUUGUUACAUAAUAGCCUUAUCAAUAGUAAGUCUGUUCUUCCAAGGAACAAACCCCAUGUUGAUGCGUGUGGGAAGGUUUUUUGAAUGUUUGUGAGUKAUUGAUUGUGAUUUCUCCUAUAAUGAUGUGUUGUCUAUUUGUGUUUUGCCGAGUCUGACACAACAUCUCUGGACCACACUGCCCUUCCAUCAAGACCCCCUUAAGAAAUAUAACAUGUUAUUGUUGGGUUAAAUUCUUUUUGCCAAGGUGCAUUUCUGAUGCUGCAGCACUGUUUCUAAAAUCCAAUARAGUACGACUUGUAGUUGAGAUACUGUAUGCGUUGAUUUACCACAGUUGUUUUUACUGCAUAUCGGUAGGUUAAUCUGUUCUGGUUUUUGAAUACCACUGUACUAAUAAAAUGAACUGUUUUAUGCACGAAGCAAAGGCCUUAUGCCUUUUCUAAGACAACCAGCUAUGCACCCUCAUGCGGAGUGCCUCUUAAAAUCAGGAACUGUAAUGAAAACGAACAAUAAAACCUACCCAGAACUUUAACGUUUA